AUGGAUGAAUUAGAUAAAAAGAAAAAAGAAACACUUGAGAAAUGCUAUCUUUAAGUUAACUAAACAUUUGGUUAAAUUUUCUCUGAUUUAUUACCUGGAGCAGCUGCCAGAAUCUAACCUUUGGAAGGUUAGGAUGUUUCUGAAGGUUUAGAAAUAGGGGUUGCAUUUAAUGGCGUUUGGAAAAACUCCUUAAGUGAACUUUCAGGAGGUUAAAGAUCACUUAUAGCACUUUCAUUUGUUUUAGCUUUACUUAAAUAUAAACCUGCUCCGUUUUAUAUAUUAGACGAAGUCGAUUCUGCUUUAGAUCUAUCACAUACAGAAAAUAUUGGUCAUAUGAUUGCAUAAAGAUUCUAAAGUUCUUAAUUUUUAUUAAUUUCUUUAAAAGAUGGAAUGUAUUAAAAUGCAAAUGUUUUAUUCAAAACUUCAUUUGUUGAUGGCGUAUCAAAAGUAGAUAGAAUUCCAUUAAAAAAAAAAAUGAUUUAAGGAAAAGAUAAAAAGAAGAAAAUGGAAAUUGAAGAUAAUGAAAAUUAAGAUAAAGAAAAUGUCAUUAAAUAAAGAUGA